AACCCGGCAAAGCCCGACUGGUUCAAAGGCUGGCAGUUGAACGUGGCUCAUAAUUGCUUGGAUCGCCACCUGCCCACCCGUGCCGAUCAACCUGCUCUACUAUACGAAUCCCCGGCUUUGGGCAUCUCGCAAGCCAUUACCUAUGCCGAUCUGACCGAUCAGGUCUCUCGCUUUGCUCACGUCCUGCAGGAGCGCUGUGAGGUCACCAAGGGCGAUCGCGUCAUCAUUUACAUGCCCAUGUGCCCAGAGGCCAUUGUUGCGAUGUUGGCAUGUGCUCGCCUCGGCGCCAUUCACUCAGUGGUUUUUGGUGGCUUUGCGUCAAAAGAACUGGCUACUCGCAUCGACGCUGCCCAGCCCAAGGCCGUGCUAAGCAGCACACACGGACUAGACGGUGUUAAAGCUGUCAAUUACAAGAAGCUGACGGAUGAGGCCCACCGUCUCUGCACCUUCAAACCGGGUAUUCAGCACAGCGAUGACCACACAGCCACCGCCAACCUUCUCCGCACUGGCGAUCUGGAUUGGGAAGACUGCAUGAAUACGGCUGGUCAUACAAAGCCUGUGCCCAUCGAUGCCACUGACCCGCUCUAUGUCCUCUACACAUCAGGUACCACGGGCAAGCCAAAGGGCGUGGUGCGAGAAGCCGGCGGGCAUGCUGUGGUUCUUGCCGAUACAAUUCAGAGCAUUUUCAACAUCCAUCCAGGCCAGGUGAUGUUCACCCCCUCGGACAUUGGCUGGGUUGUGGGACACAGCUAUAUUGUCUAUGCCCCCUUGUUGGCUGGUGCCACCGGGGUGCUGUACGAGGGCAAGCCGACGACCACUCCUGAUGCCAGUGCCUUCUGGCGCAUCAUUGAGAAACACAAGGUCAAAGCCAUGUUCACGGCCCCCACGGCUCUCCGUGCUAUCAAGAAGGAGGACCCGGAAGGCAUGCUGGUUCAACAACACGACCUCUCGUCUCUUGAAACUGUUUUUGUUGCUGGUAAGCGCGCAGACCCUGCCUCAGUCCAAUGGGCUGAGCAGGUCCUGCAGAAACCCAUUGUAGACAAUUAUUGGCAAACUGAGACUGGCUCGCCAAUGAGCGCCUGCUCCGGACACUUGCCAAUCAAGUAUGGCUCCUGCUUCAAGCCCGUUCAUGGUUGGGAUUUGCAAAUUGUGGACGAUCAUGGGCAAACGGUGCCUGUUGGGGAAACUGGAAACCUGGUCGCUAAAUUACCGCUACCUCCAGGCGCGGCCACAACUUUGUGGAAAGAUCAUGAGCGUUAUGACUCAAGUUAUCUUGCAGCGUUUCCUGGCUAUUACCAAACGGGCGACGCCGGCUUUAUUGAUGAGGACAACUACGUGCAUGUCUUGACACGCACUGACGAUGUCAUCAAUACGGCGGGUCACCGCAUGUCCACUGGCGUUUUGGAGGGUGCAUUGACUGCCCAUGACAAGGUUGUGGAAGCAGCCGUGGUGGGUGCCACAGAUGAGCUCAAGGGCCAGCUUCCAGUCGGCUUUGUCGUCCUCAAGACUGGUAAGAGCUUUGAAAGUGAUCACGAUUUGAAACAACUUCGCAAAGAGUUGGUUCAGCGAGUGCGUGAAGAUGUCGGGCCGGUUGCGGCAUUCAAGCGAGUGUAUGUGGUGCGCCAACUGCCAAAAACGCGUUCUGGAAAAACGCUACGCAUGGUCUUGCGUCAAAUGGUGGACGGGCAGCCUUUAACCCUACCCCCCACGAUUGAAGAUGCCAGUAUCGUGGACAGUGUGCGUCAAGAAAUCGCGGACCAAGAUGCCUGA